CCUCGCGCCAGUUCCUGAGGUGUGUGGGAGCCAUGGCUAUCCCGAACCCGUGGGACCCGGCGUCCGCGCCGAGUGCAGCUGGGCUACUGCUGAGCCACUGGGUGGCUUCGGGGAUAGUCACUGAGGAGAUGUUAGAUAUUUCUAAGAAAACGGCUCCUUGCUUUGUGAACUUCUCCAGAUUACAGCAGAUCUCAGAUAUUCAAGCUGAAAUCUACCAGAACAACCUAGAAAUUGAACUUCUUAAAUUAGAAAAGGACACAGCAGAUCUUAUUCAUCCUUCCUAUUUGGUUGAGAAGUGUGACACUCUGCAAAGCAUGAAUAAUCAUCUGGAAACGGUGCUAAAAGAGAAGUGGGCCAUCAGGCAAAGACUGCUGAGACCCAUAUGCCAGGAGAGCUUGCCAUUGGAAGCAGUUUAUCACAGAUAUAUGGUACAUUUGUUGGAAUUGGCUGUGACUUUCAUUGAGAAGUUGGAAACCAAUCUUGAAACAAUUAGAAAUAUCCCUCAUUUAGAUGCAAACCUAAAGAAAAUGAGCAAGGCAUUAACCAAGAUGGAUAUUUUGGUGAACAAGACAGAAGAACUGGCAGAGAAUAUACUCAAGUGGCGAGAACAACAAAAGGAAAUUUCCUUGUGUAUCCCCAAAGUACUAACUGAAGAAAGUUAUCUUCACGGACUUGAUAUAGUGCCUACUUUACCUUUUGUUUCUAAAGUUCAUGGCCAAACCAUUAAUGCCAAGUGAUUGGCAUCUUUCCUUUUGUUUAAUUAUGUGUAGUCAAAGAAGUCCAUUUCUAGGUAAUUGUGACAGGAAUCUAGGUUUUGUUGCUAGAAACACUGAAAAAACCCUCUGAAUUUUCGAGUACCAGGGCCAGAGAGAUGUCUCAGCAGGGAAGGGCUCCUGCUUCAAGCCUGACAAUCCCUGGACUCAACCCCUGGGUCCACAUAGCUUUUUUUCAUAUAUUUUCACUCUCUUCCGUAAAGUUAAAAAAGAUCAAAUAUGUUUUUGGUAACUUGUUAUAAGUGAGUUGAACACUCUUCAGAUAACAGGUUCUGCAUCAUGAUUUUGUAUCUCUUUUAAAAACAUUUCUGAAUUGGAGUAUUCUUGAAUCUGAAAAUUUCAGUGGUGAUUAUUCCUGUGAGACUGUAGAAUAGUUCUACAGCAGGCCUGUUACUCUUUGAAGGACUGAUAAGGUGUAGUUCCUUGACUGGCACAUCUGGAAACUCAUGUAAUAGGAGGAUGAGAAGGGCUUAGUGUGACCAUGCUGUGCAAUGUGGUUUGUGUGGGACACUUGCUUUCCUUCUGAAAGUCUAGGAUGUUGGUGCAUACCAAACAGAAAGUGCCUUUGCUACUGGUUCCUGGCAAAAAUCUGGAGCACACAUCCAUAACAAUUUUGCUGGUGGACAGCAUUUCACAGUGUCAGAGUUCAGCUGUGAGUAUGAUGACACUAAGUCUUAUAUACCCUCUUAACAGAUCACAGAACCAUGCCGGGCGUUGGUGGCACACGCCUUUAAUCCUAGCACUCGGGAGGCAGAGGCAGGCGGAUCUCUGUGAGUUCGAGGCCAGCCUGGUCUACAGAGCGAGUUCCAGGACAGCCAACCUCCAAAGCCACAGAGAAACCCUGUCUCGGAAAAAAAAAAAAAAAAAAAAAAAAAACAGAUCACAGAACCUAGCUGUGUUCUCAGGAAUGCCUGGGAAACAAAUGCUGAGGAUGUGUGUGUGCUAGCAGCCUUAGGACAGGCAAAGAAGAAAGAUUCAAGGGGGGGAAAGGCAUAUUGUGGUAAAAUUUAGAAAUUUUGUUUUGAUAUUUCUUAUAUGUAGCCCAAGGCUGGUCUUAAACACAUGAUCCUUCUUGCCUCAACCUCCGGAGUGCAGGAAUCACAGGUAUGUGCCAUCACAUCUGGCUAAAGCAUAAAGAUUUGUAGUGGAUAAUAUGAUAUAUUUUACCUACUUAGGGUUAUUCAUAAAAUAGAGACUAGUAUACUAUUAUUAAAGUAGCGAUAGUAACAAUUGCCUUGAGGUAUUUUUAUUUACAUUGUUACUGUAAGUACUUCUGGCUUAUGUUUAGACUGGGAUUCUGUUUUCCAUACUGUUGCCUUCUGUGUCAUGGGAGUUUAGCAAACCUUCUGUUCAUCACAUUUUUAAUAGAAGACUUCACCUGUUAGGUAAUAAAGUAGAUGUUCAUGAAAAACAGGAUCCUUACCCCACAUCCCAAUAAAGGCCCUGUUAACAGAUCUUUGUCUUGAAAAUGUACCAUAGAAGAGUGGUGUUGAGAUUUUGAACAUCACCCAGACAAAUCAUCAAAAUCCUUAUUUGUAUUUCAUCUCAAAUCUCUUUCAACAUCUAGUCAUUUUCCUUAUAUGAUUUCUUGUGUGUAUGUGUAUAUACACAUGUCUCCACUAUUAAUAUCCCGGGUGGUUUUGUGUUUUUAUUUCCUAUUAAUGCCUCAAGAUGUAAAAAUAAACAUUUUUUUCUAAAUGUUA